AUGUCACUCAAACAGGAAAUUGAGACAUGGGUGCUGGCGCUCGAACAUUAUGAUCAUCAAGAGUAUGAAGAGGCCAUCAGGAUAUUUGGUCACAUCGCGGAUACAUCCAAGAUCUACUUCAACUGUGGUGUCAUCUAUGCCACACUGGGGGAACAUGAGAAAGCGGUAUGGGUGUCCUUCCAACAUGCGCGGACUCUGCUCAUGCUCCUUCAGGUCCAAUGCUACCAGCGCGCCGUCGGUUUAGACCAAUAUCUUGCCAUUGCGUACUUUCAGGAAGGCGUAUCCAACUUCCUUCUCGGAGAUUUCGAGGAAGCAUUGGCCAACUUCAACGACACUCUGCUCUACCUCCGUGGCAAUACCUCUAUUGACUAUGAGCAACUGGGGCUGAAGUUCCGGCUGUUCUCAUGCGAGGUCCUUUUCAACCGUGGACUUUGCUACAUCUAUCUGCAGCAGAUGGGCCCAGGCAUGCAGGACCUUGAGUAUGCAGGGAAGGAAAAGGUCACUCCAGAUCACGACGUGAUUAACGACGCUAUUCGGGAAAAGGCAGAGGGAUACACGGUCUUUUCCAUCCCCGUCGGGGUUAUCUAUCGACCCAAUGAAGCCAAAGUCAAGAACCUGAAAACCAAGGACUACCUUGGCAAAGCCAGGCUGAUUGCAGCAUCGUCGCGGGGAAACACCCCCCCAGACCCGACACGAGCGCAGGCAGCGAUCGAUGACCGUCCACCUGAGAACAUCUCCUAUGGUGCAACAAACCUGGUUCAGAAGAAUAUCACCGGUCGGAGCCGUCAGCAAUCGGAGCCACCGCUGAACCGCACCUUCUUCCCGCCAACGCCGCCUCCGGAUGCCGAUAAGGCCAGCACAAAGAGCUCGUCUGGGAGUAGCAUGGGUGCAACCGGUCGCCCAGGGUCGAUGCGAGCCGCACGGCCUCCGCGCCUCAAUCUGGAUCGGCCUGGCGCGCAGAUUCAAGGGCGAAGUAGCACGGACGUGCCCGCUCAGGACAAGCCCCGGAUAGGGACAACCCGGACCGCGUCAGAACCUCGUGGACCCCCGUGUCGACAGUACCCGCGGGGACCCAACGGUCUAGAGACGGAUCGAAACCCAUCGUUCCGGGAGAUAGGAGGCCACCGACGAAACGCUAGUGACACGGGGUUUGCGCCGAGCGCUCCCGCGGCCUAUGAGGACGAUGGAUUCGGAGUCUACUCGGGUACUCGGUCCAUGAAUGGCGGCCGAAGAGGGGUACCACAACAACGAUACAUCGACGAGGAAGAGGAGUAUGAGGGCGUCGGGGGUCACGAACGGGUGCCUCGCGAUGGUGCUGAGGGAUCCGAGAACUCACAGCGACGGACAAGGUCCCCGACCCGAGAAUCAAGGCGUGCUGAUUCACGACGGCCGUCAGUCCACCGAUUUAGAAUCAAGGUGCACGCUUUUGAAGACACGCGAUAUAUCAUGAUUGGACCCACGAUCGAGUAUGGUGAGUUUGAGACCAGGAUUCGGGAGAAAUUCGGCUUCCGGGCGCUGCUACGGAUCCGGAUGCAGGAUGAGGGCGAUAUGAUCACGAUGGUAGAUCAGGAGGAUCUUGAUCUCCUGUUGAGUUCAGCUACGGAGACUGCUCAACGGGAGGGAAGCGAGAUGGGAAAGAUGGAGAUAUGGGUCGAAGAACGACCGAUGAUAUAA